AUGGACUAUUCACAGCAAGGCAAGGCAGAGUACCAGCAGCCCCAGAUGCAGCCUCAGAUGCAACCACAGCAGCAGCAGCAGCAGCAGCAGUACUAUGACCAACAGCAGCCCCAACAGCAACCCCAACAACAGCUUCAACAUCAGCCACAGCACCAGCAGACGAUGCAGCAGGAAUAUGUCCAAGGCGCCAACGUCCAAACCCAAGAAUGGCAGUCGAGCCUGAUGGACUGCGGUCCCUGCGAUACCUGCAUCGUGGGAACAUGUCUCCCAUGCUUGCUCCUCGGCAAGACCUCGGAGCGCAUGCGCGAUCCGACAAUGCAGACGUACGAAGCCAUCAACACCGACUGCCUGCUCAUGUGCGGCAUCACCUGGUUCACCGGCUGCGGCUGGAUCUACGCCAUGAUGAAGCGCGGCGAAAUCCGCGAGCGCUUCGGCAUCAAGGGCUCUGGCGGCUCGGACUGCUGCGUGAGCUACUGGUGCGGAUGCUGCGCGCUCAUCCAGCAGGACAAGGAGGUCCAGGCCCGUCUUUCGACUGGGCCCAUCGUCCAAGGGUACCAGCCGCAGAAGGUGGGUAUGCAGAUGCCGCCGCAGCAAAACUGA